AUGACACAAAGCACAUUCACCUCCGAGGCAGUCCGCAUCGUGGAAGUCGGGCCACGAGAUGGUCUUCAGAAUAUCAAGAGCAGCAUACCGACACAGAAAAAACUCGAAUUGAUAUCGCGUCUAAGGGAAACUGGCCUCGACACUAUCGAAAUAACAUCUAUUGUCUCACCGCGCGCCACCCCACAACUGGCAGAUUGUCAGGCGUUGUUGGGCGACCGACGCAUUCAAGCGUUGAUCAAGGAUCACAGAUUGAGACUACCCGUUUUGAUACCGAACGUGAAGGGACUCGAGAUUGCAACUCGGUGUGGAGUGAGGGAAGUCGCAGUGUUUGUGAGUGCAAGCGAAGGGUUUAGUAAAGCCAAUAUCAACGCGAGUGUCCGCCAAGGGCUGGAUAGGGCGAGACAAGUGGCAUCAAGAGCGGUCAAUGACGGGCUUGCAGUCCGGGGAUAUAUCUCGUGCAUUUUUGCGGAUCCAUUCGAUGGGCCGACACCACAAAAAGCCGUGCUAGAUGUUGUCAAGGAGUUGCUCGAUAUGGGAUGCUAUGAGGUCAGCUUGGGCGACACCUUGGGAGUCGGCACCGCGUCGGAUGUCCAGAGUUUGCUUGAGUUCCUGCAGCAGCAUGGAGUACCAGUGUCGAAGCUCGCGGGCCAUUUUCACGAUACCUAUGGACAAGCGGUGAGCAACGUGUGGCAGGCGUACAUGUGCGGAGUUCGUGUCUUCGAUAGCAGUGUCGGUGGUCUCGGAGGGUGUCCGUUUGCGCCUGGCGCCAAGGGGAAUUCUGCCACAGAAGAUUUGGUGUAUCUUUUCAAGCAGGCUGGUAUCCAGACGGGAGUCAAUCUUCCCAAGCUCGUCGAGGUGGGGAAUUGGAUUUCAGCACAGCUCAGGAAACCGAACGGCAGUCGAGCUGGGAUGGCGUUGGCGACGCGAUUUGCCAGGCCUGUGGCCGUCAAAAUUGAUUUAUCAUCAUCCGAAAAGAAUGGAAAGCCUCGUCUUGCGUGGAAUUUGUACAAAGAGACAGAAGAUCUCCAGAUUUAUCGAUCCGGAGUCAAUCUCAAGGUUAUUUUGCAUCGGCCACAGUCAAGCAACACACUUACGACGUCAAUGAUUGCCGACUUGACGCAGAUCUUCGAGGAGGCAAAGAUUGAUGCGACAAUCACGCGAAUAGCGAUAACAGGGUCUGGAAAGUAUUUCUGUGCUGGGAUGGACUUGGGCAAAGGGUCAUCCCCAGUUGCUCAGUCGAAGGCCGCAAGUGAUGCACAGUACGAGCGACUGCACCGACUUUUUGAAACUAUUGACAAUGCACCACAAGUGACCAUUGCAUGCAUCAAUGGUCCUGCAUUCGGUGGAGGUGUCGGCUUAGCAUUUGCAUGCGAUAUCAGGAUCGCUGCCAAGUCGGCGACCGUCACGCUCAGCGAGGUGAAGCUCGGUUUAUGCCCGGCGACGAUUUCAAAAUAUGUUGUUCGAGAAUGGGGCCUCGCCUUCGCGAGAGAAGCAAUGCUUUCGGCACGUCCAAUAUCUGUCACGGAGCUGAAGUCCCUCGGUCUGUUAGCACGAGUCGUGGAUGAGCCUGGGCUUCUAUCUGACGAGCUUGACUUAUACCUUGGACAAUUAAAGAUCGCAGGCCCCCAAGCGUCGCAAAUGAGCAAAGAGCUGGUGAGGCUUGGGUGGGCACAUGCUGGAGGCAACGCUCAGGAAGCGGGUAUCAAAGGGCUGUUUGACCGCAUGAUGCGCCCGGAUAAUGAGGCUGCAGUCGGAUUGAAAGCCUUUCAAGCUGCGAAAAAGGCUUUGGAUUGGGAUCAGAUAGUGUUGUCUCGGUCAGUUUCUAGGGCAAAGCUCUAA